CAAAUUUUUUAACGCAGUGAAUCAGUGAAUGGUAAGGUGCUCAAUAUUGAACACAAAGAAUUUUUAAAUAUUUUAAAAUUUAAAAUAAAAUUAAUAGUAAAAAUAGUAAUUAUAGAUAGGCCAUAGGCUAUAGGCUAAUACUAAAUAGGCAUAGGCUAAAACUAAAACAGUGAUAAUUAGUAAUAAUAGUACGCUUUAGACUGUAACUCAACCAAGCAGUAGUUUUUACUUAUUGAUUUAUUUUAAAAUAAUACAAUUUAUUUAUGAUUAGGGAGAGAAUUUAUUUCAUUUGGAGAUUAGUAGACUGUAGACUCCAGCUGUCUGUACUCAGUUUUUGUUUUUUUGUUGUUUUUUUUAAAGUUGGGGGAGGGGGCGGGCGCAACCAACCCUGGUUGGACAAUCCUUUCAAUAUAUUAUUUAAUGAGUAGUCGAAUUUUUGGUUUUGCCUUGGUGGGGUAGGGGGGAAAAAAUUCUUGACCUGACCAGGUGGCACUACUUUUAAGCUGCUGCCUGCAAAUAUACAACACUCUACUGCAGUGUUUCCUUACCUUUUCUAUAGGCUUACUCCUUACCCCCAGGAAUUAAAUUCUUUGACUAGUUGAUAAGUCAUGCACCAGCGUCUUUCAAAUGUUUUACAAAGUUUUGCACCCAUGUGAAGUAGAAAGUAUUCAGGGAACUUGAAAAUGCCUCAUUCAAAGCUGGCCUUGAUAUAAAUGAACGAAAGACAAAAUAUAUGAUAAUGUCAAGAAACUCCCAUGCUGAUAAUAACAUCAAUAUAAAUAACCACAAAUUUGAGAGAGUGGCUACAUUCAAAUAUCUACGGGCAACUAUAAAUGAGUACAAUGAGGUAAUGUCAGAGGUGAAAGAAAGGAUAACAACCGUUCCUAUUUUAGUCUACAAAAGCUACUGGGAAACAAAAACCUCUCAAGGGGAACAAAGAAGACAAUAUACACCACCAUCAUAAGACAUGUAGUAACGUACGCUAGUGAGACCUGGACCCUCACCAGAAAAGCAGAAAACCUGCUCAACACAAGGGAGAGGAAAAUCCUCCGCAAAAUAUACGGACCAGUGAUAGAAAAUGAUAUCUUGAGAAUACGUACAAACCAAGAACUAUAGUAUUUGUACAAUGAACCACCCAUAGUCACAAUGAUAAAAAAGGCAGAAUACGCUGGGCAGGUCAUGUUGAAAGGAUGCCGGAAUGCAGAGCAGCCAAAAUUAUAUACAGGCAGAAGCCUAGGGGCAGACGACUCACCGGUCGCCCAAGGAUGAGGUGGACUGAUGAUAUGGAGACAGAUUUACACCAGUUGGGGGUUCGAGCAUGGAGACGGAAAGCCAUGGAUCGCUAUGAGUGGAAAGAUGUGGUGGAGCAGGCCAGGGCCCUACAUGGGCUGUAGUGCCACUGAUGAUGAUGAUGAAAGUAGAAAUGAUUUGGAAAUAAUGAAUAUCUAAUUCAGUUAUUGAAUUACAAAGUUCUCUAUAAAAAUUAGAAAGUAAACGUGUGACUUGUUAAAUAAAGAAAAAUUUAAUAAAAUUUUAAACAAUAAAUUAACAUGUACAUCAUAACAUAAAAGCUAAUAGCUCUGCUGCUCUAUUAAUCCCUUUUUGUUGCAACCCUGAAAUGCCACCUCGCACCUCCUGGGGAUAAAAGCACCUUAGGUUGGGAAGGCAAGCUCUAAUGUUACUGUCAAAUACUAAGUCUUAACCUUAACAUUAAAAAGAUAUUUUAAUUAUUAUAUGCCUAUAGUUAUAGGCCCUAUGAGGCAUUUUUAAAUAGAAAAUAUCGGGACCUAAUAAGAUUAUGACAAGAAGCUGCAACCAUGUGGUAAUAUUGUGCCAAAGUAGGAUUUCAAAUUCAGUCAACUUGCCUUAUGAGACAAGUUAUUAUUAAACAUAUUUGUAAUGUGCAUGUCAUUGAAAAUCACUCUGUAUGCCAAGUCUGACACCUGUAUUGGAGGUUGUGGACAACUUUUAGGGUCUAUGUGACAACAAAAUUUUUUGAAAUAAUAAAAUAAACCAUGUUUGUGCUUAAUUAAAAAUGGAUUUUUUAAUGGCAUUUUUUUUUCUAAAUUAAUAAAUAAUUUAAGGUACAUAACUGCUAAAAAUGUUUCCAUUUUUACAGAAAGUGAAAGCAAUGUCAUUUCGAUCCACAUCUUCUGCUCGCAGCGAAGGACGAUCAAAGAUGAAAAACUUUGUCUCCAAGUGGUACUCUGGAUUAUUGAAAAGGUUUCUCAUUUUUAAUAUUGUCACUUUCAACUUUUAAAAUCACGAUUCUUAUACAAUACUAAAUUAAGCCGGAGUAUAAUGAAAAUAAUUGUUUCCUAAAAAUAACUAUAGAUGGUCUAAUCAUACAGACCCAAUGACCGUAGUGCAGAGCAGGUCCUCUUGGCUCAUUCACACUUGAAAGACCUGAAUAUAUUCGACAAAUUUCACACUAGCCUACUUCAACAAAUCUGCUGUUAUGCCCACUAUGAUAAGCUGGAUGAAAAUACAAUAGGUGAGAUUGUAAUAUUUACUAAAAGCACCAAGUGCAACUAUUUUAGAAAAAAACAACUUUCAAAACCAUUUUUGUAGACUCAUUUAUUAAUGAAAAUUCAAAGCUUAUUCAAAUCAAUCAUUUUAAAACUGAUUUUAAAAAAAAAUAAUAAAAUAACAUGGUGAUUUUCUUGCAGUGAUUCGACAAGGUGAACAUGGAGCCAACUGGUACAUUGUUUUGUCUGGCAGCUUAACAGUGUUUAUUUCAGAAAACAACAAAGCCAAGGUAAGUUUUUGAAACAUCAAGAAAACUAUACAAAUUUGUAUCCUUCUCUUUGUUUAUUUUUCUAAAUCACUAAAAAUUCACAAAAAUUCACAGCAGAAAUUUUACUGCAAAUUUUUCUAGGUCAGCACAACUAUUUUCACAUCGAAAAGUUGAUACAAAAAGGGAUCUGGACGUUUUAGUUUCUUGUACUUGUAUGCUGACAUUUAAUUUUUAAUCAAAGUAAUCAUUAAAAAAAUUACUUCUCCCUGCUGCAAAUACCUGCCAUCAAAAGAAAAAGAAUAUUAGAAAGACCUUUAUGCUUUAUUACACUAAAAUACUAAAACACUUCUGAGGGAGCUGCACUGGCUGCCGGUCCGCGCUCACAUAGAGUACAAAAUUGCAACUUUGUGCUACCGCUGCUUACAUGACCUGGCGCCAUCUUAUCUCAAAGCACUCAUGACGCCUUAUGUACUCACUAGAGAGCUCCGCUAAUCCGAUAGUGGCAAAAUAUCGAAACCGUGUGUUCGCCUUGAGACUUACGGAAAGCGCAGUUUUGCAUUUGCCGGCCCAACAAUUUGGAACGCACUUCCAGUCGCUCUCAGAAACAGCCAGACACUGGAGUCCUUUAAAACCGAUUUAAAAACACAUCUAUUUCGCAAACACCUUCUGGGGUGAUGCUAAUCUACCAUCUUUUUCAGUUAAUGUAUAUUGGCUUGUGUUGCUUAUGGUUGAAACGGGAUGAAAGACUUUGACUGGGUAUGCUCAUAUGUAGCUUUAUAUUGUUGUGUCUGUUUUUAAAUGUGGUAAAUUUUAGAUUGUUUUUAUUUCUCUUUUUAAUAUGGUUGACUUUGUACCGCGCUUCGAGCUUUUGGGGAUGAAGCGUGUUUUUCAAAUAAACUUUAUUAUUAUAAUUAUUAUUAUUAGUUUGUAGCUUUUUAAUUUUUUUUUCUUUUUAAAAUAUGCACUUAAAAAGUAUUUUUUUUUUUAACUCAAAACUAAUUAUUGCCUAAAUGAUUUUGUAGAAAGUGUAGCACACUCUUGACAGCAGUGUUAACUAGUGGCCAUAGCUAUUAAAAUGAAAAAAAUUCUUAAGAAUAGAAAACUCACUGGGAAAUCCAAGUAAACUAUCCUGGAUGGGGAACUUACCCCACAACCUAUAGAGGGGCAGUUAUCUCCUCCUGUAACACUCAUUAAAGAUUUUUCUUGAGUUAAAGUUUUUCUCAUGUGUUUAUAUUAACAAUUUUAUUCAAAAUUUCUGUCAGCCAUUGUGCACUCUUGUACCUGGUUCAUCUUUUG